UGUGACAGUCCCCAUCAUCAAAUUGGUUUCUUUCGGUUUCAGGGGAAAAACACAAAGCAAACUGAAAAACAGGCCCCGAGAAACGCACUGCCCGGAGACAAAAUUCUCCCCUUUUUUUUAUCUGUUCUUACUAAUCAAAAGUCCCUCAGGAAGAGAUAUACCAUGGAUGAUAGCUGCGUUGUCUGUGCUGAGACACUUUUGUGGGUUGCAUAUGGAUCAUGUGGCCAUCGGGAGGUCUGCUCCACCUGUGUCAUUCGUCUCCGUUUCAUCUGUGAUGAUCGUCGUUGCUGCCUUUGCAAGUCUGAAUCAAAUAUCAUCUUUGUCACUAAGGCUUUAGGAGAUUAUACAAGGAUGAUUAAUGACUUUUCAGUUUUUCCAGCUGAUCCAAUAGAGGGUCAAGUUGGACAAUAUUGGUAUCAUGAAGGAACACAAGCAUAUUUUGAUGAUAUGGAUCACUACAAGAUGAUAAAGGCCAUGUGCAGACUAUCAUGCAUUGUUUGUGAUAAGAAAAAUGAACAAAGGAAUGAAGGGUCAAAGAGGAGAGCAGGGUUCAAGAACAUUGAGCAGCUGAGAGGCCAUUUGUUCCACCAACAUAGGCUGUUCAUGUGCAGUCUAUGUUUGGAAGGUAGGAAGGUGAGAUAUGUUUGCAUGAAAUAA